CCGCAAAGAUUUCUGGGAGUGUGAGAUGGUUUCCAUUUUCAGUGUCGAGUUUUAUUACGCGGCGCAUAACAUUAGCGCGAAUAAAUCCCAAUAAAAUAGGUGUUGUAAGUUGUUAAAACCGCGUUUUGUCUUCGCCUUCCACUUCUAGUAGCUGAAAAUGCCCAAACUGAAAUUAUUUCAGCCGAAUGGAACGUAAUUUGUUGGAAGCAGGUGUUGGGUUAACCACGGUGAAAUUAAAACGCAGAAUAUCCUCCUCAAAUCGAUGUUUUAAGAGAUUGUAAUGGUAAUUAUCGCUGGUCGUCGCUAUUCUCAGUACACAGAGACGAGAUGCAGCGGGGGCUAGCAGGGGGCUCGACGCGAGCGCCGUUAUGCUGUCACGAUGGCAGGAAAGCCUGAGCUGUCGCCCGCCCCCGGCGUCCAGAAUGUGGUAGUGUACGUGUCGAACGACAACUUCGCCCAAGCGUACGCCGUCGGGGGGCAAAAUGCGCCCCAGUACGGCCCCCCGAAGCCCUAUCCCGAGAAGCGGCCCGACUACCCCGAGGGCUACUUCGUCUCCAACGGGUACGGAUACGAGGAGCGCCCGGCCAAGGAGUGCGACUACGAUCCGGCCUAUGUGACGGUCAUGGGGGCCGAGGGGCCCCCGCAGAGUGUGCGGUGUGAUUCAGUGCGGAGCGAAACGGCUGAGUCGAGCUGCAGCAGCUUGAGCUCGGCCGACGAGGGGAUGGUGGUAGUACAGAACAAUCAACCAGAGAUGGUGGUGUAUGAUCCCAGUGUUAGUGUCAGACCCGGUGUCGUGUUCGUGGGGGCCGGCGUCCAACACCACCCCAAUGUCGCCGCCGCCACCGCCGUUCCCGCCGCGCAACAGCCUUCCAUCACAGUGCCCUACGGCUGGAAGAGGAUCCUCAACAACGGAUCCAUCAUGUACAUAAGCCCAAGUAACACAGCUUUAAGUUCUCCGGAACAAGUCAAAGACUAUCUUCUCACGUCGGGCACUUGCAAGUGUGGAUUAGAAUGUCAUUUUAAAUAUGACAACACCUUUAAUUUCGAUCCUAAGGUGGCCAGUAAACCGUGGACGCUAUCGCCGGACACUAAUACAGGGGACCUGACCAAAUUGUGCAACCACAAGAGAAAAAUCAUCGCCAUGGCCUCGUUGGAGUGCAAACCCCCGGAUCCCGCCGCCAAAAUGCGAAAAGACUGCAACAAUAAGAAAACCAAGCGAAAAGUCGGCAUGCCUUACGCCGGUUGUGUUUCUUUAUCGCAAAUUUUUACUCGUCCGGAUAAACUCGCUUUAACUCAACAGCAUUUCAACAAGGAAGGUCUCGGAAAUCAAGCACAGGUGUGGCCCCAAUCACCGACUAGUAGUUCUCAAAUGGGCAAUCGUCUGCAAAGUUAUCCCGAGAGCCAGCAAAUGGUCCGAUAUCAAAAUCAGGAGCAACAAAAUCGAAUCGUGAAUGGUUCACCUAUGGUGGUUGGUGAUAACAGUACCAUGAUGGUACACCAGCAACAGUCCAACAUAUCGCAACAAAUUCACCAGAACCAUAAUGGUCAAAAUUCGAGUAUUCCUCAGCAGCAUAUAAUCGGUCCUAACGGUCAAAUGAUAAGUCUCCAAGGGGCCCUCAAUUCGAAUCAAGUCAACAAUGGAGUGGUCAUACAGGGUCAAAACGUCGUUCCUAAUCCAAAUCAAUCGCGAGUUUUCAUUAACAGUCAACCGAGCGAACCAAGUGGGCCAGGCCGGCCUAACAUACAGAUGAUUCCUGUAGGAGUGACGAAUCAAAGAGAUGGCCAAAACCGUCUCCACCACUUUUACAACAACCAACAGUACCCUCAGAUACAGUACGACGCGUCCAAACAAAUGCGACCGGCAUUUUUGCCCGGAAAUAACCAAAUGAAUGGUUUUCGACCGCAGAAUAAUCAGAUAAUGCAAGCGCCGGUUAUGAUUAACAACCAUCAAAAGAUGCAAUGGCCUAAUCGAAUUCAAAAUGUGCAAAGUUCACCCAACGCGUACGAAAGAGUGCCGCCGUUACAUCCGCAUACACCAUCGCCAACCAUGUGGCAGGAUGAGAUAAAAAGGAAAAAAGUCAAGUUGGGUAAAAUUGUUAAAAAUCGACCCUACCAUAUGAUGGAGCCGUCGUUACACGCACCGUGCCCUAAUAUAGAUGUGCGGCAAAUACCCACUGAGAACGGGAGACAGGUUAUUAUCAACCAGAAUUCGGCAAGUCCGUCGUUUAUGGAGGAUCCGAGUGGGUAUUUGGCUCAACAGACGGCCCUACUCAAUAACACCAUCAAUAGGCAAACAGGAGUUAACGCAUGCGCCGGCAUGGUGUGCAACAAUCCGCAACAGCCCCACCUGACACCACCGAAUUCGCAAACAAACGAGGUGCCUUUACCCAGUAACGUGGUGAUAUCUCAUAUGAAACAAACGCAAAACAUUACAAAUCGAACCAAUCAAACAUUAAACGUAGUAAAAAAUCAAGUUCCUCAAGUAAUGUCACAGCAGUAUAAUCAAAUGAUGGCGGCACACGCCGACAGUAGCGUCACCAACGACCAAUGUCAAAAUUGCGACAGUCAUAAAGGUCAUUCGAGACCUAACAGUCAACCGGGAACUCCGAGUUCUUCGGCUAUUGAUGAUCCGGUGACGUCAUCGACGUAUUCGGACAAACAUAAUAACCAAUCACCGGAUUCGAGACCGAUUCAAGGUGGUACUGUUAGUACUAGUAAUGUGUCGCCAUUGGAUGGAUCACAAUCAGAUCCGCCUACACCUAACUCUCAUACUCCCACGCCUCCUAGAAAUGACAAUAUGUCAUAUGCUGUCUACCAAUCGCGUGAGGUUUGCAGUACGAAUUAUCCACCAAAAAGUGACUGUUGUUCGAAAAUGAACACUCCGUAUAUUUCAAGUAUAGUUACGACGAUGGCGAGUGGCCGAACUGUUGGGAGUAAUACUAUAACAUCUGUUUUGGCUGGUCGUGCCAACACUGCAACAGUUUCAGUCAACAGUCCUGCCAAUCUUCCGGCAUCUACAACCCCAACGACUGUCACACAAACUAUUUCAAAAUCCCCACUCGAAAUGGUUCAAAGCGUCGUUAGUAGUAUACAAGUCCCUCAGUCUCAAACCAAUCCUCAAAUCUCGCCACCACAUAUCGUCAAACAUUCCCCAACAGGUCUACCCCCUGGCCACAUUCUCGUCUCGAGUGGUGGCCAAUUAAUAAUGGCAAACACCGGAAACAGCCAAUCGGGAGUUAUGCCUCCUCCACCACCCAAACUAGUCUCUAAUCAAACCGCAAUGCCGCCGAUUUCCGUUUCACCAAUGAUCACAAACGUCACGGCUGCGGUCAGUCAAGUCAUACCAGCGGUAGCACAACAAGUCCUAGGCCAACAAACUGUUUUAGUCAACGCCUUACCCACACCGUUUGUUUUACAAGGCGGAGUCACAAUGACCAUGGAUGGGUCUAUGGUUGGUCAAAACAUGCAAUUACCUCAAAUAGUCGCUGGAAAUGUGAUACAACAACAAAUCCAGUUGGAUAAUGGUGACCCUAGACGAACCACUGGCCUACUUUCACCGGAAAAUAAGAAGAAAGGGAAGAAACGAAAAAUGUCACAGACUGUGGCAAACAUGCUUCACAUAGCUGCGCAACAAAACUCCGGCGUUGUAAUGUCGCAACAAGGCUUCCCACAGCAAAUCCAAAUGGCUCAUAGUCCGCAAAGUUUGGCAACAGGGCCGGUGAUGCAAGCCUUGACGAUUGUUCCGAGUAAAACGGGGGGACCCCCUCAGAUUGUGAUGAACGGACAACCGAUGACAAAUACGAGUCCUCAACUCAUCACAAACUCACAACCGACUCAACAAAUCAACCUUCUUCAACCAGUGAAUCUCAUCAAUGGCACCACCGGAGUUGUGCAGAAUUUCCCAACGAUUCAACAAUUUAUAGUUCCGAAUCUAGGAGGCAUGGUUAUGAACCCUGAUGGAACUGCGACGAUAUUACAGGACACUUCAAACAUAGGCAUGCAGUUGCAAUUACAGAACGUUAACGGACAAAAUGUUCUGACUCCAGUUCAAAAUAACGGAAUGUUUAACGGCGGUCAGAGUAUUUUAGCAGCGAGUCCUGCUGGUAUGGUCAUAAGGGCUCCUACAUCGCAAGGGAAACUAAUACAGCAGCAACAGCACAGUCCGGGGGCUCAGUUUUUGUCACCCAACGGGGGCCAAUUUGUCGUCAAUGGGACACAAUUUAGUGGUCAGUUGAGUCCCUUAGUUGCUAGUGUGAGUCCGAGUCAACAAGUCACAUUUGGCACUUCCACGCCACAGAUUAGGCCGACUCAGGGUCAACAAGAGUUUAUCCAAUGUGGACAAAUGGGUCAGACUUUGAUGGUCCCGUGCGCACCAGCCGCCAAUAUCGCUGUUUCCUCUUCCCAAAACACGACUUUUGUCCAACAAAACACUACUAUAGUCCAGCAACAAACCACAAUGGUUUCGAAUAGUCAACAAUUACAGAAUUUCCAGAAUAAUGGAGGAAAUAGAACGACCGUUAAUGUUGAUCAGAAUUUUAUCAUCGCUAAUGAUAAUAAGCAAGUGCAGGCGCUUGUUCAAGUACAAAGAGAGAGUCCAGGGACAAAUUCGUAUAGACAGUCGGUGUCGACGCAAACAGCGGUGAAUCAAAAUGCACAGACAGUGACGACGUUCUGUCAGACAUCGACAUUGUGUGCGGGGAGUCCCCCAGAUACAACCACGCAUAGUCCAUUGGCGUCGGGAGGGCAGAGUCCCGCCACGGCUGAUACGACCACCCAUACGGGAAGUACCGAUGAUGGGUUGUCACCAGCGCCGUCGAAUUGUUCAGCGACGUGUGACAGUGCGGGGAGGCAGUCAGCCUGCACGAUGGCGAUGGUGCACUGCAUAUCAAGCAGCGAGCCGGAUUCGGCUGAUUUGAACGUCCAAGGUUCUGACCACGACUGGUCUCGAGUGUCGUCAAUCCCCCAGCAAAAAACCGAUUUAUCGGAAAUGCAUUUUUCUAAAAAACAAAACACUCCGACUCACGUCGCUUACGCCGAAUCGACAAUGAUGGCCGGUUUGCACUUUAUUAGCGAUCAAAUGAAAGCCCAAGAGGCCGUCGUCAGUUCUCACAAUUUCGAUAAAAUCGUACAGAAACGAAAAAGUAGCGACACGUUGCUCGUCAUGGAAACUCAUCACAUGCAUUCGUCGCUUUUCGACGAGGAAGAAGAUAAUGAGAAACGUGAAAAGACAGAACAUAAUUUUGUUGUUGGCGAUUUGGUUUGGGGGCCGGCUAAAACAAGUCCAGCUUGGCCUGGCAAAAUAAUACAAGUCGAUGGGAACGAUGUUUCGGUUAAAUGGUUCGGCAGCGAAAAAUUAAUUACAAAAUUAGACAGAGGUUCCUUGCAGACACUUACUGAGGGUCUUGAUGCUCAUCACCAAGCGCGAAAAAAAUGCAGAACAUCUCGCAAAUUGAAUUCUCAUCUGGAGAAAGCCAUUCAAGAGGCCAUGGCCGAAUUGGAUAAAGACUUGGAACAAGAAUCGAAAGAGGCGGUGAAACAGCAAAAGAAGAAAACAAACCGAGUGAGAAGCGGUCAUCGGUAGAUGCGAUAUUUUAUAUCAAAUUAAUAAUAAAAAUUGGACCAACAUCGAAUCGAAUGAAAUGUGUAUAAAUGUACGUAGCGAGUUGAUGAAAAAAAGUAGAAAAACAUUUUUACUAACGCUUCUUUAAUGUAAAAAAUAUAAUCAUAGACCGAUGUUAUAACUGGUAUUGAUGAUUCCUAGAUGAUAAUAUAAUCGUAUAUGAGAUAUUUUUCAAAUGCCUUUUUUAAACUAGCGAUAUGGCACCAUAAUAAGCCUAAUCUUUAAAAUUUGUACUAACACAUAUUCAAUUUAUGUAAAAAAAUCAUAACGUAAAUUGGGCUUUCAUAAUGUUUGUCUAAUUAGUUAUGUAAAAGAUACAUAGAGCUUAGACUUUAUCCAAAAUAUAUUGCGGGUCUUAUAAAAAUAAACAAAUCAUUUAUAAAACGCCACCUACAAGUUUUUGUAUUUCUAGUCAAUGUUUUAAAGAGCUGACAGUUAAACGACAAUAAGAUGUACCAUUGGUUUUAAAGCGUUUAUUUUUUCGGUACUGUGAUAUGCUGGAAAUAUAUCCAAUAUGGGUUUCGUCAUGGGUUUUUUUAACUUAAUUCGAAUAUAGGGAAACUUGCCAUGUUUCGGAUCAGCUCGAAGUGAGCAAGCCAUAUUAGGACUUGGUUUUAAUUACACUACCUACAGUGUAUUGUAUAGGUUUUAUCAAUUGCAUUUUAAUACUAACAAACCAUAAUCAAAUUAUGAAACAAUGCUUACAUUAAGUAGUUACAAUUAAGUGAAAGUUGUACAUUUUAUUUUUAUAUUAUGUAUUUAUUGUUCAUAUUUUUUCCGGUUUUAGUUUUAAGUAGGAUUUUUAAUUUAUGUCUUGUGUAACUCAAAAGUGACACUUUCGAAGUCAAGUGUCACUCUCGAGUCCUAAAAUAAGUUAAAUUUUAUAUAAACCCAGUGUUUUAUUACGUCUACAUCACAAUAAUCUCUAGAUUAAACAAAGUGAAAUAGGUAACCAGAGGCCGUCCGCUUUAAAACAAAUGCAAUGUGACAUUUCUCGCAUCACCCUUAGAGUGGACAAAACAUUUUUUAAAUAUUUCUUCUGUUUAUGAUGUAUUAUUUAUUUUUCUUUUAUUAUGUAUAUAUUUUUAUAGGUACCUGUUCUGUGUCACAGAUAUGGAUUGUAUAACCGGUGUCAUUUUUUGUAUUGUGUUUAUGGAGUGGUUGUGAUAAUUACUGGAAGAAAUAAGAGAAACGAAACUACUCUGUAAGCACGAUUUCGUACUAUAAUCCAGUGUUAGAGCUACACGUCACAUGAAUGAAGCAUGUGCGGUAGCUGUGUCUGUUUCUGUAAAUAUAUUGUAUUAAUACUUUACUGUUUGGCCUGCUAUGUUGUGGUUGAACAUUUCUCCAGCCCAAUAAAUACUGGAUUAGA